UUCAUCAUUCCAACAAAUCAUUUCAACACACUUCUCUCCAAUCUCUCUAUCCUUCCAAACACCAAAUCUGUCACAGAAUCUAGCCUUUUAUCAAAAAACAAAAACUGACAAAGUACACUCUACAUAUAGAGAUAGAGAUGGAACAAAAUUUGCCAGUGAUAGCAAAGAAAUUCUGGAACAUAGUACGAGUGGCAUUUUUAAUGCUGAGAAAAAGCAUAUCAAAGAGGAAACAACUAAUGCUUGAUCUCAACUUAAUAAUGAAGCGUGGCAAAAUUGCUAGCAAAGCUGCUAUACAAAAUCUCAUGUUCCACCACAUGACACACCAAUGGUCUUCGACUAAUCGCCGGGAUAAGAAUUUACCAUUCUCUCCUCCACACAACAACCAGUACGAAUUCAGCUGCAGUGACACCCCGAAUAAUUACCAACUCCCUUCUUUCAACUUCAACAAACGUAACAAAAAUAACAACCACUUUUUCGUGGGAAAUCAUGAAGAUGAUGUUGUUGUGGUGAAUGCUGCUGUGAUGAAAGCGCUAGAGAUGAUUCAGAGUGAAACCACGUCACCUAACCCUAAUUAUUUGCCCGGGUUUGGAAGGACACCUAUGGUGAGGCAACUUAGGGUUACUGAUUCACCAUUUCCUAUAAAUGUGGAGCAAGAUAGCCGUGUUGAUGAGGCAGCUGAGGCAUUUAUUUCUAAGUUUUACAGAAAUCUGAGGUGGCAAGCGUCACCGUGUGCUUAAUAAUAAACUAGUUUUUGAAUACGCGUGUUUUGGGUAAUUUCAUGCAUGCAAAUAUGGGAAGCUUAAUUAUAAGUGUAUGAAGAUUGGGAGCUGUGAAUAGUGUAUGUGCUUUGUUAGCAUGUACAUAUAUAUGAUUUCCGUUCUCUCUUCAAGACUUUUUUUUUUUUUGGGGGUAUUAUGGAAAUCUACAGCAAAAGAAAAUAACAUGAUUAGUAUUUGAAUGAAAUGUAAUUCUCUGCUCUUGAUUACUUCUUAUGCUGUAAUGUUUUCUUAUGUCCUACAAUUUUGAAGCAAUAAAUUUCCUUUUGCACUUUUUUCCUUUA